CGAAAGUGAUUACGGCUACUUCGUGUUCGGUGGGCGGGGAAUUGAUAGAAUUUUAUGUUUACAAAAAUUUCAUAGAAAGAUUAAUACAUCGAGUGACGGAAUUAAGCGAUUUCGAAAAUGAUACGUUUCAUUCUUAUACAAAAUAGAGCGGGUAAGACGAGAUUAGCAAAGUGGUAUAUGAAUUUUGAUGAUGAUGAAAAGCAAAAGUUGAUAGAAGAAGUUCACGCAGUUGUCACUGUCAGAGAUGCAAAACACACAAACUUUGUUGAGUUUCGCAAUUUUAAGAUAGUAUACAGGCGAUAUGCAGGCUUAUAUUUCUGCAUUUGCGUCGAUGUUAAUGAUAAUAAUCUCUGUUAUUUGGAAGCAAUUCAUAAUUUUGUCGAGGUGUUGAAUGAAUACUUCCAUAAUGUAUGCGAGUUGGAUUUAGUCUUCAAUUUUUACAAGGUGUAUACUGUUGUGGACGAGAUGUUCUUAGCUGGUGAAAUCAGAGAGACGAGUCAAACCAAAGUAUUGAAACAACUCUUGAUGUUAAAUUCUUUAGAAUAAACAGACUCAAUUUUUCUUUAUAUAUUAACAAAUGCUUCAUCUGAAUAUUUGUAACAUAUUCAAAGUGGACACAUUUAUAAUAUGUAGAUUAUAUUAUAUAUGAAAUACUUACAUAAAUAUUCUAUGUAUUAUUAUCCAGAUAAUUUCCAAUAAUUUGUUUUGUAAAGAAGAUAAUGUAUAAUAAUUUCUAAGCGAAUUUUGCGUUACAACUUGCAAAAGAAAAAUAUCAGCAUUCAGAACAUGAUAAACUAUUGUAGGCAUGAAAGACCAAGUAGAAAGAAUAUAUAAAGUCUCUGUGUUUUAAGCAUGUAAUAAAAUCUUGUAAAUAUGUAAUAGUA